AUGGCAUAUCAGAUAUCUCGACCAAAUGAUGAUACAGAUCGCACUCUAUGGAUGGGCGAUUUGAAUCCAGAUUGGGAUCAAGCUUUCAUAGCGGAAGCAUUCGCUCGAAUGGGUGAAGAAGUAACCAACGUGAAGAUUGUUUUUGAUAAGCACAGCGGAAAGCAAGCUGGUUAUUGUUUCAUUGAAUUUGCUGAUCGUGAUUCGGCUCGUCGUGCAAUGUUGCACAUAAAUGGAAAAAUUAUUCCGAAAUCAAAAGCAUGUGCAGCAUUCAAUCUUUCUUUUGCCAAUUCUCCAAAUGCACCAUAUACAGAGUACAAUCUAUUUGUCAACAAUGUACCGCAAGAUAUGGAUGAUGCCGCGCUUUUUUUGAUUUUUGGUGAACGUUAUGAAUCGUGCCGUGGUGCAAAAGUUUACCGAAAUACGGAUGGAACUUCGAAAGGCUUAGGUUUCGUGCGAUUUUCCGAUCAAACCGAUCAACAGAGAGCAUUACUAGAAAUGAAUAAAUAUCGUGUGGAUGGUAAGCAGUUAAUUCUGAAAUUGGCACAGCCAAAAUAUCGAGCACCAAGACAACCUCGUCAUCUUCAACAGCAGCAACAACAAGCUCAGCAUAAUAUUACUGGAUAUGACAGUACCACUAAUUAUAUGCAGACUCAGGAUAAUGGCGCAACCUCUGUAGCAUCUCCUACAUCGUUGGCAUCUUAUUAUCCAUACAAUACUACGCCUAUGACAAGUGCUCAUUCAGCGAAUACUUAUCAUGCACCAUAUACUUUUCCACCAGUGCAUCCUCGAACUACCCCUCAGCAAACUGUUUGUGAACAGUACUAUUCAUGCGUAGUUGGUGGAGCAAUUGUAUCGUAUGAAAUGUGCGGUAUUGAACCAGUGGAAGAUGAAUCGGCUGAACAGAGCAACGAAUACGUACUACAAAAUGGCGAAGAAUUUUACGAAGCACUUGAACAAAGCAGAUGGAGUAAGGUCGUAUUUGAUGCUAAUAUGUGUGAAAAUGAUCUUCUAAAAGUUCUUGGAUGA